AUGGGAGACAGGCUGCAGGCAGGAGCUGUCUGUCGUCUCUCUGCCUGUCUCUGUUCCUGAUUCCGGCCCCACCAAAGGCAAGUUCGUACCUAGGUAGCUUUCUUCAAGCACCCGAUGUUCAGCUGUUCGCGCCUCGAUGUCUGGACCGCUUUGACGCAAACCAACACCAAGACAUUCUUCCUUCUGUUUGGAACCCCAACAUUACGCACAAGUCGGGCAAUGUCAUCGUCCACUUCCUCAACCGCAAAGCGGCAACAGAGAGACUCCAUCUCGCCGCCGCCGGCCAAGCGGAAGGUUCAGAGCGGCACAACCAUCGCAAACUUCUUCAAGCCAUCGUCCCAGAAGCCGAAAGACCGAACGAUUUGGACCGAACGCGCCCCGAACGAUGAUACCCCCGCAACUCUGCUUGUCGGCCGCUACGAACCAGAGCAACCCCCCACCGAAUCCGAGAAGAGGAACAAGGUUGCUGCCUUUGACCUGGACUCCACCCUGAUCGCAACAGCGUCUGGCAAGAAACAUGCCGACGCUGCUGUGGACUGGAAGUGGUGGCACCCGACUGUUCCCGGGAAGUUGAGGGAGAUGUACAACGACCAGGGGUAUCGCAUCGUGGUCCUUUCCAACCAAGCCGGUCUUGUUCUCCACGCCGACCCCAAAGCCAAGACCCCGAAAUCGACCAAAGACCGAGUCUCCGCGUUCAAGCAAAAGGUCAAUGCCGUCCUGACCCAGCUCGACAUCCCGACAACUAUAUACGCCGCAACUGAGAAGGAUAUCUACCGUAAACCGCGGCCGGGGAUGUGGAAGGAGCUUUGCGACGACUACGACCUGGUUGACCAAGUCGACCUGAAGCAAAGCAUAUUCGUCGGUGAUGCAGGAGGUCGCAUAGCUGCUUCGAAAACCGCAAAGGACUUCAGCUGCUCUGAUCGGAAUUUCGCUGACAACGUUGGCAUCGAGUAUCAGACACCGGAGGAGUUCUUUCUAGGCGAGAAGCCAAGAAGUUUUGUUCGAGAGUUCGACGUUGUCCACUACCCAUAUCCAGAUGACUCCGAGUCCUCCGGAACAGAAUCUCUCUUCGACAAGAAGAACAAACAGGACAUCGUUCUGUCUUGCGGUCCGCCUGGCGCUGGCAAAAGCACGUUUUUCUGGAAGCACCUGAAGCCACUGGGAUAUGAACGGAUCAAUCAAGACAUAUUGAAGACUCGAGAAAAGUGCGUCCAGGCUGCCAAAGAACUGCUGGAGGGCGGACAAUCUGUCGCAAUAGACAACACCAACGCGGAUCCCGAUACGAGAGCGGUCUGGGUUCAGUUGGCACAGAAGCACCAGCUACCCAUCCGAUGCCUGUGGUUCAAGACACCGCUACAUAUCUGCGAGCACAACGACGCCGUGCGGUCCAUGAAUAAAAUUCUCAAUCCCGAGUCUCGGACUGCUCUGCCAAAAAUGGCCUUCAAUGGCUUCAAGUCACGCUUCAAGGAGCCGAAGAUGAAGGAGGGCUUCCAGGACAUCAUCGAGGUUGACUUUUCUUUCCGAGGAACUAAGGAAGAGCAUGAAGCCUGGGCCAAAUACUGGCUGUGAUAGCCCAGAUGGAAUGAUUCCGGAGGGUCUUAACGACACUCGACACGUAUGUCGUUUCGCUCGUCGAUAGCAGCUCCGGGUAGAUUAUUAGCGCGGGUUUCCGAGGAGUCAUCCUAGAGAAUAUCAUUCCCGUAGGCCUUUUAUACUGCCGACACAGUUGCGCCCUUCACAACACAUUUCACUACUCUCGAGAUUGUCUCUUUGAAGCAGGCUGCUGCAGGCAGGCCUUGUCUCUCUGUCGGAUCCAUGACCCUGUCUCACAUUCCAUUCGCGCUUACUGAAUGGGAACAGAUGCCUGCAAUACAACCCAUAAUAUAUCUUGCGGGGCAUCGAUGUCAGAGCCAGACACGCCAUAUUCCCUUCCUUGCAGGACUUGGUGCCAACCUCAAGGGGGGUGGGGGGAAGCAUUCCUCUCCCCGCUUCUUCAAGCAUCUCAUCUACGCAUCCGCAAGUUUGCAAGUAGGCCAUCAAACACUCCCUCCUAUUGCUGCGGUCCAAC